CAUGACUCAAAAGUCAAAAUGCCGCAAAAACGUUUCUUUUGUACAAACAACAAAGAAUGAACUCUGUAUAUUGAGGCAGUUUCCAUUACUUGCACACUCUUUCCUACGGCCAUCUGCACUCAUCAAAGCAAAACCAAUCUCUUAUCUGUCUUCCUUUCUUCAUUUGUUGCAUUUCUGAAAAUGGCGGAGGCCUUGCUUGGAAUUGUGCUGGAGAACUUGAUCCCUUUUGUCCAGACUCAAUUUGCAGCCUUCUCUGGAAUCAAGGAAAAGGCUGAAGACCUAUCACGAACUUUACAACUAGUCAAAGCUGUUCUUGAUGAUGCCGAGCAGAAACAAUGGUCAAAUCGUCCUCUCAAGGUGUGGCUGCAGCAGCUUAAAGACGCAAUGUACGUGCUGGAUGAUAUCCUUGAUCAGUUGCCAACAGAAUCCUCUCAACUUGGGUGCUUAACUUCUUUGAAUCCAAAGAAGGUGAUUCAUCGUCGUGAGCUUGGACAGAAGCUGAAUGAGAUAAUAGGGAGGUUGGAUCGAAUUGCUCAAGCAAGAAGCAACUUUGAUCUUAGACAAGGUCUGAGGGAAAGGCCAAGUGAAUUAGUUGAAUGGCGCCAAACUAGCUCAACUAUCGCCGUUCCUCAAGUGUACGGACGAGAUGAAGAUAAAGGGAGAGUUGUGGAGUUUCUUUUUAGCCCAUCACGAAGCUCCGAGUUCCUUUCCGUCUAUCCUAUUGUUGGCUUAGGUGGUCUUGGGAAAACAACGCUUGUCCAGCUGGUUUACAACGAUCCAGAAGUAGGUAACAAUUUUGAUUUGAAGAUUUGGGUGUGUGUUUCUGAGAAUUUCACUAUCAAGAGUAUUUUGCGUUCCAUUUUAGAAGCUGUCAAAAAGGAUAAGUCUGAGGUCAUGGAUUUACAAGUAAUGGAGGAAAAAGUGAAAGAAUUGCUACAAAGUAAAAAGUAUUUGUUGGUUUUAGAUGAUGUAUGGAAAAGAAGCCAAGAAAUGGAAUGGGGAUUAACCCAAGACAAAUGGAAUAAGUUAAGAUCGGUAUUGUCUUGUGGAUCUAAAGGCUCAUCCAUUUUAGUAUCCACUCGCGAUAAUCAUGUUGCAACAAUUACGGGCACAUGCCAAGCUCAUCAUUUGGGCGGUCUAUCUGAAGAAGAUUGUUGGUUGUUGUUUAAACUGCACGCAUUUGGAGCUGACAAAGAAGAGCGUGCAGAGCUUGUUGCAAUAGGGAAGGAGAUCGUGAAGAAAUGUGGAGGAUCACCUCUUGCAGCACUGGCUUUAGGAGGUGUGAUGCAAUCCAGAAGCACGGAAAAAGAAUGGCUUGAAGUUCAGAAAAGUGAGCUUUGGAGUUUACCAGAAGAAAAUGAUAUUAUGCGUGUCUUGAGAUUAAGCUACUCUUCUUUAACUCCAACACAAAAGCAGUGUUUUGCUUUCUGUGCCAUAUUUCCCAAAGAUACCGAAAUCAUGAAGCAAGAAUUGAUUUAUCUUUGGAUAGCUAAUGGAUUUAUUUCAUCACGGCCAAACUUGGAGGUUGAGGAGGUUGGCAAUAUGGUUUGGAAUGAAUUACAGCAAAAAUCAUUUUUCCAAGACGUUAGGAGUGAUGAUUUUUCUGGGGAGAUUUAUUUCAAGAUGCAUGAUUUAGUCCAUGAUCUUACGCAAUCAAUUUCAGAGCAAGAGUGUAUAUGCUUGGAGAAACACAACCUUAAUGAUUUUUCAAGCAACUCCCAUCAUAUUGUUUUUCACGGCAUUCAUAAAAAAAAUUUCAAGAAGAUAGCCUUUGAAAAAGUUGAAUCCUUGCGGACAUUGUAUCAACUGAAUUCUGAUGAACUUCCCUUCAGUUCUAGAUUGAUUCGACCAAAUCAUUCUCUUCGGGUUUUGCGCAUACAUCCUGGAAAGAUACCAUCUUUCGGGAGUUUAAGUUGCUUGAGGUAUUUGGAACUUUGUGAUUUGGGUACAAAGAGCUUGUCUGCUAGUAUUUGCAAUUUGCGUAGAUUGGAAAUCUUGAAACUAAAACGAUUGUGGAAUCUUCGCAGUCUACCGAAACACUUGACUAGGAUGCAAAAUCUCCGACAUCUUGUCAUUGAUCAAUGUUAUUUUCUAUCUAGUAUGUUUCCGGAGGCUCACAAAUUGCGUCAUCUGAGAACACUAAGUGUAUACAUUGUGAAAUCAAAGAAAGGGUAUAGUUUGGCAGAGUUACGCCAUUUGAAUCUGGGAGGAAAGCUAUGCAUCGAAGGUCUAGCAAAUGUUGGGAGUAUAUCUGAAGCUGAAGAUGCCAAUUUGAAGGAUAAACAAGACCUUCGAGAAUUAAGCUUGUCGUGGUCCAGAAGUGGUGGUAAGACGAAGUCAGUAGUGGGAGCAGAAGAAGUACUCGAAGCGCUUCAACCUCACUCCACACUCAAGCUGUUGACGAUAACGUGGUAUGAGGGAUUACGUUGGCCAACUUGGAUGCAAAACAAUUCUGCUAUCCACAAUUUAGUUUUUCUUCGACUUGUGGAUAGUCGGAAAUGCGGGCAUCUUCCUCCAGUGGGAAAACUUCCAUUUCUGAAGAAGCUUGAGAUAAGCAACAUGGUUGAACUGCGGUUCAUUGAGGAAGAUGAAAGUUAUGAUGGUGUUGAAGCAAUGCCAUUCCCAUCUUUGGAGGAAUUGCAUUUGUCCAACUUGCCAAACGUGGAGAGAUUGAUGAAACGGGAAACAACACACAUGUUCCCCUCUCUUUCUAAAUUAGGAAUCGGAUGGUGUCCUAAACUGCAAUUGCCGUGCCUUCCAAGUGUUAAGGACCUGAUUGUUUGGUAUUGUAGCAAUGAGCAACUGAAGUCAAUCUCUAAUCUCAACGCUCUUAACCAACUUCAUCUUUGUGAUAGUGAUCAAGUGUCGUGCUUCCCAGAAGGAAUGAUGGACAACAUGACCUCUCUUGCAACUCUGGAGAUAUAUUCUUUCAGAGAAUUGAAGGAACUGCCAUCUGACAUCACAAAACUCACUGCUUUGUCUUAUCUAACCAUCAGUAACUGUGGAAAGCUGGAGUGUUUACCAGAACAGGGUUUGGAAGGCUUAUCUUCACUUCGAAAACUGUUCAUUCAUUCCUGUAAGAGUUUGGGAUCGUUGCCUGAUGGUGUCCGGCACUUAACUUCACUUCAAUCUUUGACUAUUGGAGGCUGCCCAAUGUUGAAAGAGCGGUGUAAGAAAGGAACAGGGGAGGAUUGGCACAAGAUAGCACAUGUUCCCCAUGUAAAGCUUCAUGCUUUUUAGUUUAUACACAGCUUAUUCAUUAUUUUCUUUUCAUUUUGUUGUGUAUUUGCAUAAUCAUGGUUUUAAUAUCUUGUAUUCUAUUUUAUCUUCAUUUGUACUGUUCCCUUCUUGGAAAUGGAUCUUCUCAAUUUUUUUUAACAAUUAAGAGAGUAAAAUGUGAUUUCUCACUAUUAAUUAUUAUAAGUAAAACAAAAAAAAAAUAUGAGAAAAAAUGUAUUAAAGAAUUAUAAAUCAUACUUUACUCCCUCAAUUUUUUUCAACAAUUGAGAUGAUCCAUUCCCUUCUUUCAUAUUACACAGCUUA